UGGAAGCCGGGCGCCGCCCUCCAGCACCUGCACCUCCCGCCCGGCAACGGCCGCCUGAAGCACGAAGUGCGUGCGACCGCAGCUCAGCAGGUCACGCAACCCCAGGCCGCCGCGCCGCCUGCGUGCCUGCAGCCCGCCGGCCCCGCCCCCGCCGCCUGCUUCCGCCGCUUUUGUGCACGCUCCGGCUUCCUAGUGCGCCCAGAGCCUGCCUCGCGUGCCGACCCCGCCGCGUAAUCCGGCGAGGAAUCCAUAUUCCCUCCGGCCCCCGACGCCCUCCGUCGACUUUAGUUCGAGCAGACUCAUUUGGAAGCAGUGCAUUUUUAUCAGAGGGACUGAAAAGCCUUUCGAGAAUCAGUCAAGAAAAAGGAACGUGCAUGAGCGUCACGGUCACAUCAUGUGAUUGUGGGGAAAGCCUGGCCUAUCAUGGAGGGAAGAGACUGGGUGAAUUAUUUGAAAAGUAAGCCUGUGAAUUGCUGUGGAGGAACAACAGCCUGCCGCUUAUCUGGAGCCUUUCCAAGGAAAAGCAAAGGGGACCCCAGAAGGCUUCCUGGGAGACAGUUUAAUUCUGAAAACAAAGCAGUACUUCACCUCUUGUGUGUUGGGUAGAGCUGUAAAACAGAACACAGUCAAAAUAGUCAUUAGGGCCACAUCAAUGUCUGCCCAAAGUCAGGCGGGCAUUCCCAGGAAGCUGGGGGGCUGUGGCAGUUGCACACGUCAACCUCCUUUCUCCAUUGUCACACAGCAGAAGAGCGUGUUCCAUUCCACUGAAGUUGGGGUGGGGGGGUUGAAUAAUUGAUUGACUGAAAACUGGGGGCCUGAGUUAGAUGGUAAACAAGUUUAGAGUGCUGCUUUUUGUUUCUUUUUAAAGUUCUGUUUGUUUUAUAUAUUGACGUGCUUAAAAUAUAUUUUAAAAAUUCAAAACACCCCAGAAAUUCAGCAACUUGAGGAGACAACAGUGACGAGCAUUUUAUGGCAACAUUUGGACACUUGAAAGAUUAUUUCAGGAACCUUAAUGCUGAUAAAUGAGAGAAGGGACAACUUCUAACUAUAACAUGUCGGCACCUGAGUACAGAGAUCAAAACAAGAGCGAGCAUUUCAAAUUCAUAUUGUGAAGCACCUACAAAAAGAUUAUUCUGUCAGCCUUCACAAUGUGGACAGUUCAUCUUUUCAUCUUAUCAAAUAAAAAUAUACCCAAAUUCUUGAACAGGCAUUCAGUUAGGAAAAGGGGGGGUGGUGAUGAAAUGUGUUCUCAUUCAGUAAACACUUUGCAGAUAUUUCUAGUCAAAGAUCCCUGUGGUCUAGGCUAGUGAGAGAAAAACGUGCCCUCUGCCCAGUGACAGCGGCUUCACGGGGAUCAGCUUUCACCAAUGCAGGCAGGGGAACAAAGGGCAGCUUCAUCUGCCUGCAUCCCACAGGCCCUUGUGCAGAGGAGUUCCAUUUCAGUGCCCAUCACAUGACCUCUCAGGCCAAAACCCUUUUCAAUAAUUCUGAUUUUGAAUAUCAAAUGGAAAUGAAAAGUACAUUUAGGAAGGAAGGGCUCUAUCCUUAUUGAAGAACACGCUCUAUGCAAACAGGUUGGGCAGGCACUAGUUCUUGUAGAGCUGUGGUUCUCAGCUUUGGCAACACGCUGGAUCACCUCCUCUAAAAGGUACCGAUGCCUGCUUUCCUCCCUCCGCUGCCCCUAAAGAAAGUAGAAUUUAAUUGCUCUAGGGUGUGGUCUGGGCAUCAGGAUUUUUUUUUUUUUUUUUUUAAGACAGUCUCACUGUGUCGCCUAGGCUAGAGUGCAGUGUGCAAUCUUGGCUCACUGCAGGCUCUAUCUCCCAGGUUCAAGAGAUCCUUCUGCCUCAGCCCCCCUAAGUAGUUAGGAUUACAGGCACACACCACCACACCAGGCUAAUUUUUGUAUUUUUUUGUAGAGAUGGGGUUUCACCGUGUUGCCUAGGCUGGUCUUGAACUCCUGAGCUCAAGCAGUCCACCCGCCACAGCCUCCCAAAGUGCUGGGAUUACAGGCAUAAGCCACAGUCCCUGGCCAGCAUCAGGAUUUUUAAAAGCUCCCCAAGUGUAGUCAAGGUUGAGAACAGUUGCUAUAGAGUGAUUUAAUACAGCAUUCAAGGCCUCUCACAAUCUAGCCUCAGCCUAAUUUUUCCUUCCCCCACCCCAUCUCAGCCUGUACAUAAGCCACAGAGACAUUCUCACUGGUCUCUGAAUGUACUUGGCUCAUUCAUAUUUCCAGGCUGUCUUGCACAUACAUUGUCUGACUCUGGGCACCUAAGGAAAGCUCAGCUCCAGUGUCCUCUGCUCUUCUGUGAAACCUCUCCCGUCAAGCCCACCUUCACUACUAGGUCACUCCUUGCUCCUUGAUCAGAUGGAAGAAUGCUUUGUGCAUGUCUCUGCUGGAGCCCUUCUCACUUGACAUUAAAGAUACCUGUAUCCAGGUCAGCCCACUCCUCUUCCCCAAUAGUAUGUGGAUGCUUUGUAGUUUCAGCACAGGGCUUGGUUUCUAUGAAUACUUACUGAGUGAAUGAAUGAAUGAAUGAAUGAAUGAAUACCAAUCUUGUACAUUGUUGAUGUUCACCACAUUGAACCCAGUUCUCAAACCAGGAUCACUUGGGAGAUUCUGAGUCAGUAAUUUGAAGGUCUGUAUCAUUCUUACUCAAAGUGUAGUCCAUAAGCCAGCAGUUGUUAUAUUAUCUGGAAGCUUGUUGCAAAUGCAGAAUAUGUAUUUCAACAAGAUCCUCAGGCAAUUCAUAUGCACAUUACACUUUGAGCUAUAUUUUUAACAAGCUCCCAGGUGAUUCCUUUGUAGCCUGGCUGCCGACUCGCAUUUGGUAACCACUGUUCUAGACCUUCAUUUACUGAAUGGAGUGGUCCCUGUGUGAUUGCCUGCAGGUUUCUUCUAGUCUCCCAUUUUUCUUCCUAGUUAACAAAGCCCAAAUUUUAUUUUGAAGGGUGAUCAGCCCUUCACCCACCAGGCCUUUGCUCAGGGAAGCUUGAUCCCACCUUUAGACCCCAUAUUGGGACUGAGUAGUCCAAAGGCAUAUCCCAUUCCCCUGGUCAGGGAUUAAUUUAGGGGUAGACAUGUGACCAAAUUCAGGUCAAUAAAAUGUGAGUCUGCAGAGGCAAUCUAGAAAAAGUGUCCUCUUCCUUAAGAGAAAGCCACAGAAGGGGGAAAAAAAAUGUCUCAGGACAUUGUCCUGCCUAAACAUGAUGCCUUGGACAUUCUGCUUCUGUCUUGCUACCUGCAACACAAGGAAAGCCAACACUGAGGGGUCACAGCAGAGGGACGGAAAGCACCUGGAUCUUAUGACAUUGUUGAGCUCUUUUGUCUCUUGACUUCUAGUUAUGAGAUGUAACUAUUUUACUGUUAAAGUCAUUUCUGUUCCUUGCAACCAAAAGCAUUCAUUGUUAUACUGAAUAUAGUACCAUAUUUAUUCAAUCAAUAAAUGCCUGGCAAAUACCCACGU